GCAAAUCUUCCCGCCAUAUUCUGCCAUUUUCUCCAUCAAUUAAUAAUAAGCAAAUUAGGUAAUUGAAAAAGAAAAAAAAUUCCAAGCAUCAAACGAAGAAAGGAAGCAUAAGCAGCAUAAAUGGGUAUCAAAGAUCUUCUAAAGUUCAUGAAACCUUAUGUUGAACCCGUACACAUCAAAAAGUACACUGGCAAAAGAGUGGGUAUUGAUGCAUAUUCAUGGCUUCACAAAGGAGCUUAUUCAUGUAGUAUGGAGAUAUGUCUGGAUUCAAAUAGCGAUAAAAAGCUUCGGUAUUUAGACUAUUUUAUGCACAGAAUCAAUCUUCUUAGACAUUACAAGAUAACCCCAGUUGUUGUAUUUGAUGGUGCUAGUAUUCCUUGUAAAGCUACAACAGAACAUGAAAGGCACAGGAGAAGAGAAUCUAAUCGUAAAUUGGCAAUGGAGAAGCUUGAACAAGGGAAUGUUAAUGCUGCCAAUGAGUUCUUCCAGAGAGCAGUGAGUAUCACCCCACUCAUGGCACAUCAAUUGAUUCAGAUAUUGAGAUCAGAAAAGGUGGAAUUUGUGGUAGCCCCUUAUGAGGCUGAUGCACAGUUGGCGUACUUGUCAAGUCUUGAUGCAGAAAAGGGUGGUAUAGCAGCAGUUAUCACAGAGGAUAGUGAUCUAUUGGCAUAUGGUUGCCAAGCUACUGUUUUUAAGAUGGACCGAUUUGGCAAUGGCGAGGAGAUAGUUCUAGACAAGGUUUAUAAUGCUGUGGCUUGCAAGCCCUCAUUCCAACACUUUGACAGGGAAUUGUUUACAGGUAUGUGUGUCUUAGCUGGUUGUGAUUUUCUUCCAUCUGUUCCUGGGAUUGGAAUUGUGAAGGCUCAUUCAUUUGUUGUGAAGUAUCGAAACUUGGACCGUGUUUUAUCAGUUCUGAAGUUAGAGAAGGGGAAUCAAAUGCCUGAAGAUUAUUCCAAAUCUUUCAGGGAAGCUCUUGCAGUUUUCCAGCAUGCUCGAAUAUAUGAUGCUACCACAAGGAAACUCAUACACCUAAAACCUCUUUCACAAAAUCUUCUGGAUUCUCUAGAUGAGAAGCUCGAUUUUCUUGGACCAGAACUUCCUUCUUCAGUAGCAAUUGCAAUUGCUGAAGGAAACUUGAAUCCUACGAACAUGGAGGCCUUUAACAUUUUCCCAAGUUCGGAAUGUCAUCAUGACCCUAUUGUCAUCCAAAAUCCUUUUGAGCAGCAGAAACUUGAAGAUGCUGUAAUGUCGAGACAGAAGAACAGUUUUGUGGCCAGAUCAACGAAAACCGCAAAAAAAGAUGUCACAGGUAUAGUAAUGAAGCAGGAUCCUGUUAUAACUGAAAGGAAGUAUGUGAAUGAGGCUUUAGCACUUCAGAAACUAGUUUUACCUCAAGAAAUUCAUCUAAAAGUAGAGAAAGAAAUGGUUCUUCAAGAUAUUCCACUGAAGAUUCCUAACAAUCCAUUUAUGAUAAAGAGCAGUCCUGAAUCAGUUUUAGAUGUCUCAGACUACGAAAGAUCGAAUACGUUGUGUUCUACUCCAGAUAGCAAUCCACAAAAGGUUGCUGACAAUAGUUUUUGCAAGAAAAGAAAAAUAAACGAAAUUGACUUGCAUCAGAAAGAAAGCAUGGAUGAUCAAACUUCUGAGGUGACUGAAGAAAUCUCAGAAAUCUUGUUUGUCGCUAAGGAAUCCCAAGAAAGUGUGAAUUCCAAGCCUAUAAAAAUUCAUGAGGUGAAACGCAGAGGUAAAAAUGAGAAAACUAAGAGUAGCAAACAUAGGAGUGGAGAGAGUAAGCAAAACACUAUCUUGAAUUUCUUUUCUCCGGUGUAACCUUUGAAUCUCACCUCAUGCGUUGUAAUUCAUUUAAUUAUUUGCCCAUUUUGGGUUAUCAUUGUAGAUUAUCACUUGUUGAUGUCCUGAAACAGAGUGAAAAAGCAAUCUAAUCCUGCAAAAGCAAUACCAGUACUA